AUGACAUCAACAAAUGAACCAAUUCCAACUGAAGAAGAAAUUAAAAAUGGAUUUAAAUUUAUUCAAGAUGAAAUUUGUAAAUUUUUAAUUACAACAACAGGUGGUCAUCAACAAUAUAGUGAAGAUAAAUGGGAUUAUACUAAAGGUAGUGGUGGUGGUAUUAGUAGAGUUUGGGAAGGAAAAGAAGAGGAAGGAUUUUAUUUAAACCAAGAUUACCAAUCACAAAACAACAAAUGUGACAAAAUUGAAAAAGGUGGUGUUAAUUUCUCUUAUAUCGUUGGUAGUAAUUUACCAUCAGCAGCAGCAACUCAAUUUAAAAUAGCACCAGAUACCAAAUACAUUGCCACUGGUGUAAGUCUAGUCAUCCACCCAUACAACCCAAAUGUGCCAACCAUUCAUAUGAAUGUAAGAUACUUUGAAGCUGGUGAUGUUUGGUGGUUUGGUGGUGGUGUUGAUUUGACACCAGUCUACCCAAAAUUAGAUCAAGUCGUUGAAUUUCAUUCAACAUUGAAAAAAGUAUGCGACCAAUAUGGCCAAGAGGAGAACAAAACCUCAUACGCAUUGGGUAAGGCAGAAUGUGACAGUUAUUUCUUCCUUCCACAUAGAGGUGAAACCCGUGGCGUUGGUGGUUUAUUUUUCGAUCAUCUUAAAUCCGAUAAAGCAAAGACUUGGAAGUUCAUCUACCAAUUAGGUUUAUCAUUCAUCGAUCUCUAUAAACCAUUCCUUGUUAAUAAUAGUUCAAUCUCUUAUGAUAAAGUUCAAAGAGAAUAUCAACUAUAUCGUCGUUCUCGUUAUGUUGAAUUCAAUCUCCUCUUUGAUCGUGGUACUAAAUUUGGUAUUCUCUCUGAAGGUCGUACUGAAUCAAUCCUUAUGUCAUUACCUGCAGUUUGUAAAUGGAAAUAUAAUUAUAAACCAGAAGAAAAUACUCCUGAAGCAAAUUUAUUAACUUUUUUGAGACCAAGAGAUUGGUUAAACGAAAAUCAAGAAAAUAAAAAUUAA